ACAUUCCCCUUUUUUAUGUUAUUUUACAAUUUUUUUUUUAUUUUGUUAUUUUCAAACCAACCUCUGCUUGCUGUAAAAUUCGCCAACAGACUCACUCGUUGCACAAGUUUUCUGAUUAGAUCCGUUUAAACAGGCUAGUUCCGGCUAGCUAGCACGAGCUGUUGAUCCACAACAGCUUCUGAACACCUUCCAUGGUUUGUGGUCUGUUUUGUUAACAUUGUUACUCCUUUUGCAACAUUCAGUCACUGAUUACGUUGUUGUUCUUCAGGAUGGUACUCACUGUUUUGUCGAUGAGGGCUUCCAGGAGAUCCUGCCGAGAGCGACAACAUGGACGCCAUCUUCGAAGUUUGCGACGACUUGUUUCUUGAAUUCAAUAGUGAUAUUCCCUCUCUUUUGGAAUGUUGCUGUCACUCUUGACCUCCUUUGGACUCGUAGCACCCCAUUUAGAGUUUGUCAGACUCGGUGGAAAAAUGCACGGACAGGAGUCGUCAACGCGAGGGUCCAUUGUUUUGGCCACUUCGUUGUCUUAUAGGCUGCCAUAGCAAAGGGUGAACUAAGUAUCGCAAGAUCUUUUUGGGGGUGUGAACCAAGAUGGCUUUUUAAACAAACCAAACAUAAAUUCAACAGUUUGUUACGGGCCCCAUAUUGCACGCUAACCGAGCGGCGAACGCAAGCCAAGGCAACAUUUUAGCACAAAUCUCGGAUGUUAACUGAAAAAUGCACUAACCGAGGCGGAUGUUAACUGAGGUACCACUGGAUAACUUUUGCUUGUAGUCAAACUCGACACUACAAAUCCCGGACACACCCUUAAAGAGCUAAGCCCCCCCUCCACACACACACACACACACACACAUCUUUCAAUCGUAGUGACGUCACUGCUUCCGAAAACUGUGAGCAUUCAGUUCCUGUGUGCAUCAAAUCAGUAAAAUACUCAUUUUACAUGGAUAAUUCGAAUCUUGUCUCAUUUCACACAUGUACACUCCCAGUUUAUAAUAUUUUGCCAGCCUCCCACUGCAAUUUAACUGCAUCCCUGUUAUUCAAUAUAGCUGUUUUAUAGUGUGAUUUGCUGCAUGUAAGGCGGCGUUUCCCUCAUGUCGUCAGCAGCCAGUCACGACAGGGGCUCCUUCACGUGUACUUCCCAUGUUCUCCGUCCUCUCCAUCGUCGUUAUCACAUUCGCUGACUCGUUUUCUUCCACAUGCAAUGGCCGUGCAUUAACAGCAGGCGUGUGCGCAAGACUCGCUCCGGCUGGAUACAUGUAAAGCAGCAUGCACGCGACGGGCACCGGAGCAGCUGACGCCGAGGCUGCUGUCGACACUAGCGGCGGCGCAGACAACCAGCGCGGUACAGGGGAGAGGAUGGAGAGGACGCCACCGGGCGAGCUGCAGCAUCGGACCGACGACCACCACCAGCAGAACCAGCAACAGCAGCAGGAACCUUCGUCAGCAGCAUUCGGCGUGCUCGAUAAAUUAUUUGGGAAGAGGCUUCUGCAGGCCAGACACUACAUAUUAUCACGGAAGUCCUGGCUGAAGAUGGUUCCCACUGAAAACUGUGACAUUCUGAUGACAUUCCCAGAUUCAAUAGAUGACCACACUCUACUGUGGCUCUUGAAUCAGAUCCGUGUCGGAAUCCCACAAGUCAGCAUUCAAGUUCGGCAGCAUAAACAUACUCAGGCUUAUGCUUUCUUCAUCACCACGACAUUUGAAAACCUGGUAAAGACAUUGAGCUGAUUGGGAAAAAAAUAGACCUCAAGACUGGGCUUCCUUUUUGUGACCUUGACCUUCACCUUGAGUUCUUUCAGCAGGAGAAUUAUGGAUGGUACUCACUGUUUUGUCGAUGAGGGCUUCCAGGAGAUCCUGCCGAGAGCGACAACAUGGACGCCAUCUUCGAAGUUUGCGACGACUUGUUUCUUGAAUUCAAUAGUGAUAUUCCCUCUCUUUUGGAAUGUUGCUGUCACUCUUGACCUCCUUUGGACUCGUAGCACCCCAUUUAGAGUUUGUCAGACUCGGUGGAAAAAUGCACGGACAGGAGUCGUCAACGCGAGGGUCCAUUGUUUUGGCCACUUCGUUGUCUUAUAGGCUGCCAUAGCAAAGGGUGAACUAAGUAUCGCAAGAUCUUUUUGGGGGUGUGAACCAAGAUGGCUUUUUAAACAAACCAAACAUAAAUUCAACAGUUUGUUACGGGCCCCAUAUUGCACGCUAACCGAGCGGCGAACGCAAGCCAAGGCAACAUUUUAGCACAAAUCUCGGAUGUUAACUGAAAAAUGCACUAACCGAGGCGGAUGUUAACUGAGGUACCACUGGAUAACUUUUGCUUGUAGUCAAACUCGACACUACAAAUCCCGGACACACCCUUAAAGAGCUAAGCCCCCCCUCCACACACACACACACACACACACAUCUUUCAAUCGUAGUGACGUCACUGCUUCCGAAAACUGUGAGCAUUCAGUUCCUGUGUGCAUCAAAUCAGUAAAAUACUCAUUUUACAUGGAUAAUUCGAAUCUUGUCUCAUUUCACACAUGUACACUCCCAGUUUAUAAUAUUUUGCCAGCCUCCCACUGCAAUUUAACUGCAUCCCUGUUAUUCAAUAUAGCUGUUUUAUAGUGUGAUUUGCUGCAUGUAAGGCGGCGUUUCCCUCAUGUCGUCAGCAGCCAGUCACGACAGGGGCUCCUUCACGUGUACUUCCCAUGUUCUCCGUCCUCUCCAUCGUCGUUAUCACAUUCGCUGACUCGUUUUCUUCCACAUGCAAUGGCCGUGCAUUAACAGCAGGCGUGUGCGCAAGACUCGCUCCGGCUGGAUACAUGUAAAGCAGCAUGCACGCGACGGGCACCGGAGCAGCUGACGCCGAGGCUGCUGUCGACACUAGCGGCGGCGCAGACAACCAGCGCGGUACAGGGGAGAGGAUGGAGAGGACGCCACCGGGCGAGCUGCAGCAUCGGACCGACGACCACCACCAGCAGAACCAGCAACAGCAGCAGGAACCUUCGUCAGCAGCAUUCGGCGUGCUCGAUAAAUUAUUUGGGAAGAGGCUUCUGCAGGCCAGACACUACAUAUUAUCACGGAAGUCCUGGCUGAAGAUGGUUCCCACUGAAAACUGUGACAUUCUGAUGACAUUCCCAGAUUCAAUAGAUGACCACACUCUACUGUGGCUCUUGAAUCAGAUCCGUGUCGGAAUCCCACAAGUCAGCAUUCAAGUUCGGCAGCAUAAACAUACUCAGGCUUAUGCUUUCUUCAUCACCACGACAUUUGAAAACUUAUUGCAGGGAGCGGAGCAGAUGAGUAUGCACAAGGCCGUCAAGCCACAGUUUGGAGGCGGGAUGCGACGCUUCACCUGUGAAGAGGACAACAUCUAUGAGAACAUAGAGAGCGAGCUCUGCUUUUUUACCUCGCAGGAGCGUCAGAGCAUUAUUAAGUAUUGGCUGGACAAUCUGCGAGCCAGACAUGGGGAAGUGCUUCACAACAUUCACUUCCUGGAGGGACAACCCAUCAUUCCAGAGCUGGUGACCCGUGGUGUGAUCCAUCAGAUGUUUCCUCUCCAUGAACAGAGGAUCCUGAAUCAGCUGAUGACAUCAUGGGUUCAGGCCGUUUGUGAAAGGCAGCCCCUGGAUGAUAUCUGUGACUACUUUGGAGUAAAGAUCGGCAUGUAUUUUGCCUGGCUUGGUUUCUACACCAACUCCAUGCUUUACCCUGCUGUCAUUGGCUUUCUCCUGUGGAUACUUGCAGAGGCUGAUCAGACCAGUCAGGAUAUCUGCUGUGUAGUGUUUGCACUCUUCAAUGUUGUGUGGGCGACAUUGUUUCUGGAGCGCUGGAAGAGGCGAGAAGCAGAGCUGGCGUACAGGUGGGGGACCCUUGACACCCCUGCAGAGUCCUUGGAGGAGCCAAGGCCACAAUUCAGGGGUGUAAAGCGCUGCAGUCCCAUAACAGGCUGUGAAGAGUUCUACUAUCCUCCUUGGAAGAGGGCUGUGUUCAGAUGGCUGGUCAGCCUUCCCAUCUGCCUUCUCUGUCUGUGUUUUGUCUUCCUCGUCAUGCUCCUCUGUCUGGAACUGCAGGAAGUGGUUAUGGAGAUCCAGGAGCUACCUGGCAUCACAAGAUUUAUUCCUAAAAUACUACUGGCCAUUACUGUAACCAUAUGUGAUGAAGUUUAUAAGAAGAUUGCCUACUGGCUCAACGACAUGGAGAACUAUAGACUUCAGAGUGCCUAUGACAAUAAUCUCAUCAUCAAGAUGGUUUUUUUUGAAUUUAUCAAUUCUUACCUAAGUCUUUUCUACAUUGGAUUCUACCUCAAGGAUAUGGAGCGACUAAAAGAGAUGCUUGCUACGCUACUGAUUUUCCGCCAGUUCCUCCAGAACAUUAAAGAGGUCCUCCAGCCUUACCUCUAUGAACAAAACAAACUGGGUGUCUUCACCCCCAAGGUGCUGUGGGAGCUUCUCCAGGCCAUCAUGCUCAAGUAUGGCCGCCUGGCUUUGGGAAAAGCCCAGGCGUCUAUGACAGCCUACUCCUUCCUGGGACCGAGAGGACUUCCAGUCAGUGACGGCGCGGACACGGACUCACAGCCAACAACAAGAGGGGAUUUGAAAGCUGGAUUCAGGCUGACGGAAGAAGAGUGGGAUAUGACUGACAGCGCCCUGAAGCAAAGAAAGGUCAGCUUCACAGAAAAGGUCGACUACAAGGAUGUCGUGGCGGAGACGCAGACGGCCGAUGACAACUUCCCCGAGGACAGCCCCACUUUGGUCGAAGACGGGAUGGAUGCAUGCAGUAUUUUUGACAGCUGUGAUGAGGACAGUGACCUAGAAUCUCUUCAUCAGGAGGCCAGAGAGAAUACCAGUGUGUCCUCAUCAAGAGAAUCAAACUGUCUCUGUCAGAAAAGGAAAACUGUGGACGAGGUCAAAGAGGACAAGAAGUCCUGGAUUGAUCCACCGGAAGAACCCAAAACUGUCACCUUAACACAGGCCGAGAUCGAAAGCUGCAUGCAGACUUACGAGGACACGCUUCAGGACUACCAGGAGAUGUUCAUUCAGUUUGGCUAUGUGGUGCUAUUCUCCUCGGCGUUUCCCCUGGCAGCCAUGUGUGCGCUCAUCAACAACAUCAUAGAGAUCCGCAGCGAUGCCCUCAAGCUCUGUACGGGCCUGCAGAGGCCUUUUGGCCAGAGGGUGGAGAACAUUGGACAAUGGCAGACUGCAAUGGAGGCCAUGGGCUUGAUAGCCAUCAUUGUUAACUGUUACCUGAUUGGUCAGUGUGGUCAGCUGCAGCGUCUUUUUCCCUGGUUGAGUCCUGAGAUGACCAUCGUUUCCAUUGUCUUACUGGAGCACUUUGCGAUCCUCCUAAAGUACAUCAUCCAUGUUGCCAUCCCUGAUAUCCCUGGUUGGGUAGCAGAAGAGAUGGCCAAGCUAGAAUACCGACGAAGGGAAGCUUUCAAGAGGCAUGAGCUACAGGCCCAGCAACAUUUUCAGCAACAGCUCAGACGUCGCCGUGAGGAGGAGGAGCUUCAGCGUCAGGCAGAGCUCCAGGCCGAGGCCCGCCAGGAGAGCGACUACCACAAGUCGGACGCCCAUCACCAGCACCACCACGAGAAAGCUGCGGGGGGCAAGCCGAAAAGACCCAGCUCUCUGCUCGGGAACAACAACGUGAUGAAGCUGAAGCAGAUCAUCCCUCUUCAGGGGAAGUUCUCCUCUAGCGCGUCCCGCUCCCCAGCUCAGUCACCCACUGGCGGGGAGGCAAAGCUUGCCGGAUUCCUCAAGUUUCUGAAGUCACCGGAGGUGAAAAAGGAGCCAGCAUCAGUUGCAGGGUCACCUGGAUCAAUUGUGACAUCUUCAACUCCUGCUAGCGGCCAGGAACGCUCACAGUCUCCUAACAGGACAUUCAGUCCAGGUAAGCUGUUCAGCUUUAGUAAGUCAGAGGGAACUGUAGUGUGUGCUAACGGGCCACAGCCAUCAAGCCAGGCUGACUGUUGUCACCCCACCUCCAGUCAUGAGGAAUUACCCUCACGUGAGUCUGAUAAAGGGGAUUCUGAUUUAGAAAGCUCGGGUUCAAAGUGUUAAUAUAUGUUUCCAAUGUCAAAUUAUGCAUCAUUUGCAAUGUAAAUGACAGGGUUACAUCCUGAACAGUAGUUCCACAUGUUAAGUCUCGCAGACCACAUGUAAGGCCAGCAGUUACACGAUAUGCACCUUACUUUGCACAAAGCAUCCAACUAUGUAACACACUCCAAACAGCUUCCAUGUAAAUAAUACAUGUACAGUAAAUGUGACACUUUGAAUGAAGCUCGUCUCGGACUUUAGCUAUUGCAUGACUCAAAAACAGCUAAAUAGCGGAUUCCCAUUCUAGGUUUGGUUCACUUUUUCAAGCCUGUAUUCAAGUCACAUUGGGCAGGUGUCACCGCUUCAUUUAGCACUUUAAAAGCCAUCACAUUCUUCUGCAAUAGCUUACAUUCUCACUGUGACCAUGAAAGUAUUCUAUUUUUCUCAAAUUUGAUUUUUUUCAAAUGAAUUAUUUUACUACAUGAGUUGGUGAAUGUAUUCCUGAUGCAAAUGAACCCAGUGGAAUAAAGUCAAGCGUUGGCCGACUUUGUUUACAGUUAAUAAACAUCACAGACAACCAACAAUUGGGUUGAUGAGUGUGUUUUAAAAUGCGGUGGCGAAAUCCCAAACCACUGAGCAUUGUGUACUUACCGGGCAGAACAAAAUAAACAUCGCGGAGCAAGGUAAAAGCCAGCAGACAAUUAUUAUCGUUAUGUUUCAUUUAUUGAAAUACCAUGUAGAUAAUAUCAAGUGCAAGAUAUUCUGUGAAAAAAACAACAAUUUUAAGAAUCCCUAUUCAGCUCUUUAAUCUUCAAAUAAUUUUUCCGAGAGGCCACGUCUUCCCUUGCACCUGUUCCUGCUAUUGACAUUCUGCAUUCUGAAAAACUAGAAAGAAAAUCACUUUUCAGCAACACUAACUGCAUUUAUUUAGGAAGGAGGCUGAAAAUGACCUUCUGAAUGGGGAAGUCAUUUAAGAAUGUUUAUAUGAAGUAGUCAACUACCGUUUAUCUCUUUUAUGUAUCUUAGAUUUUAUUUCUAUUGCACUUUCGCCUUUAAACUCUUACCUUCCACUUUCGAAGACAAUAUCGUGAGAGGAUGUCUAUCUUCUCUUGGACAAUGACUAAAGAUAAACAAAGAUUUUACACAAUGAGUCAAAUGGCCAAAAGGCCAGGGAACUACAGUAUAUCAAAUCACAAGUUUCCUAAGAUAACAGCAGCUUGAUGAUUGUUGCUUGCUUGGUUGUUACUGUCAAGCAGUCUGAACAAGAUGCCCUUGGUGAUGGGAGCAUGGCUAAACACGAUAAACACAUUUAUUUAGCUAUGAUUAGGUGUACAGGUGUACCUAAUAGUAUAUAGUCCCCAAUUACCAUCACUUACUCUGAUCUGAUGGAUAUUCGUGGGUUGGAAGAUAGACAGGCAGCUGACGAUUCUACAAUAUAAGAGAGACUGACAUGAGUGUGUACAUUUGCAAUAGUUAACCCCCUUACAAGAAUACAUUUACAUGUGAUUUAAUGUGAUCGAAUGACAUUACAUACAGAGUCUGGGUGAAACCUGCUGAAGUUGUUCUUGUUAAAAACAGGCAGUUCCCUUAAGAAAUCCCUCUGAAAACACAAAUGAUGUAAUAAUAAGAUGUGGAGUGGUUGAAACGGGAGCGGGUCACUGAAAGAUGACAUUGCUGUAUUCGGGUGAUCUGCAAGAACUACGCAGAGAGAUAACAUUAAACAUACCUUAUUCAUGUCAAGUGGCGUCUUCUUGCCCUUAUAAAGCUUAAGUGAAGUAAAGUUAUUUAUUAAAUAAGCCGUCUAUUAUAACUUUAUUUGUUGAGAGCCGUUUUUGGUGGUCAGCUGAGCUAAUCCCUUUAAUGUCUAUGAUGUGUACAGUACGUCGUCUUUGUUUUUUAUUGUCCCCAAGUGAGACGAGGUCAUGCGUUGUGGAGCUUCAGAAGAGCAUGUUCCAAAGGUACAAGACGCCACAACACACUCCUUAAUAUACAAAACUCGUACUCGUUUUUUUUUUUUUAAUAUUAACUGUAUAUUAUAUUUGGUCAUUUUUCGGCCAAAGGUACACGCAGACUCCUCUAUUGAACGGCGUGUUGUUAACAACACAAGGAGGCGGCCAUUUUGGAAUUGAAAUCAACUUUAUUUACACGAAGAAAACAAUUGUUGAAUUUGAAACAAUAUAUAGUCCAGUUGAAAUCUGACGGUUAUAUCUAUCGACAGCUUGUUUUUUUGUGCUCUGUUCUUGAUAGUCAGGACUUCAACCAAAAACAGUACAGGUGAAUCAACUUUCCAUAAACAUACUUUCUCUGUAGCUAUCAAGAAACUGAUCAGAAUUUUUACUUAAGCAGUUGGCCAAAUCCAAAUAUUUUCAUUAAAUAGUGUAAUAUGAUUGUUAUAAUUCCUCAUGAAAUAGUUUACCUUAUCUGUUGACAUUACUUCUGUAUUAUACAUUUUUAUCCUCUUUUGCUGUUAGUGAAUAGUAACCUGGUAUAUGUUAAACACAAAAUGAUCUAUAGUACUAGCAGUUGCUGAUACUCAGAAGGAAUGGGUUGA